CCCGGAGUGGGGACGCACGGUUCACAUGGAUCAGCAAAAUUUGAGUGAUUAGUGCCGAUCAGUGGACCCGGGAUCAUCUACGACGCUCGACCGUGACCGUGUCAUCGCUUCCACGAGUGUCUGUCGACAUUUGCCGGCGUAAUCUGGGUGGGUUCGAACGAACUGGCAGAACCGGCAUUGGAUUGAAGAUCCGAUAAAUCGAACCGGAUUCCGAAAAUUAUAUAACGGGAAGGAUAAUUUUAAUAUUAAAUUACUUCAAUUUAUAUUACAGUUUUGAAAGCCAUUUAAAUAAAUAUAUAUAUACAUAUAUAUUAACAGAAAUAAAUAUAAAUUAUACGUGCUUCAAGAUUUUUAAGAAGAGAGCAUCGACGAGAUAUGCAUAACAAUUCGAGAUAAGGCUGUCAAUUGGUGUGUGGCGUGAUAUAAAAUUUCGUUUAUUCCGAGAGACGGACGCUUUAAUGUCGGGACCGCCGCCGACACGAGUACUAUCAAGAGCCGUCUUUACGUCAAUCGAUUUUUCAUUAUUAUUACUGAUAUCGGCGCGACUUACUUACAGUAGCCGGCAGUGACGAGUCGUCUCGCCGAUGAGACAGAGAGACAUUUAGAGCGCUCACGAGAUCUUUAGAAACAGUCAACAACCAAGGACGUCCCGACAAAGUCUCUCUCUAUACGAGAGUCCGGAGAGAAAAACUGUGUUUUCUCUCGUCUUCAGUCGACUGAUACAAAGUCCAAGAAUCCGGGAUUCUCGGUUGUUUAUGUGUGUCGCAUCGAUAUUCCUCGCGAGGGACUACAGAGAAACGGAAUAAACAGGAGUGUUUUUAAUCAUAUCUGUUCACUCUUAAUCUCGCGGAAGAGACGUUAAGACUGUCAUAAAUCUAUAUAUUUUUCAUCGAGACCAGAGUUUGAUUCUACAUUCACUUCCACGCUGAUUGUUAUUUAAUAAGUACAAAUCCAUCGUAAUAGGCAAGAAAAACGAGAUAGAAACCGUGAAAACCGCGCGGUUUAUCAAAACUCCCGGAUAUACAUAUAUAGUGAACGCUAUCGUUGUCUCGAAAAAUACUUCAACAUGUUCCUCAACCAGACCCUGUACGUGCUGGCCUACACGGCCAACAUGAUGGCCACCUUGCCCGAGAACACAGAUGUGAAAAACGUCAGUGUAGCCAAGAAUAUCACCACCACGACCUUGUCACCUGAAGAAGCGGAGAAUACAUUCAAUUUGGACGAUCAAUGGCACAUGUGGCGAUGCUUCGAGCCAUAUGGUUGCUUCUAUAUCGGAGCACCCUGGUCCGGAGAAAACCGACCGGUGGUUACUUUUCCGGAACGCCCGGACAGCAUCAAUCCCCGUUACACCAUUCACACGCGCCAACAAGUCGAUACUUACGAGUUAAAGAUUGACGACAUCGAAGCGAUCCAACGAUCUCCCUUGAACAAGAACAACAAUCUUUAUUUCAUCAUUCAUGGCUUCCUUGACAACGGCGACAAGACUUGGGUCCUGAGAACGAUGAAGGAGCUGCUGAUUCGAGAGGAUUGCAAUGUCGUGAUCGUAAAUUGGCUGAGUGGUGCUGGACCACCUUACACGCAGGCCGUGGCCAACACGCGGCUCGUAGGUGCGAUGACAGCUCGUCUGGCGUAUCAGCUGAUCGAGAAGGGCGAAGUACCGUCCUCGAGGAUGCAUUGCAUCGGGCACAGUCUGGGCGCCCAUACUUGCGGCUACGUCGGCUACACCUUGAACACUCGAUACGAGUACAAGCUUGGCCGGAUCACAGGCCUCGAUCCAGCGGAACCACACUUCAGCAACACCUCGCCGAUGGUCAGACUGGAUCCGACAGACGCGGUAUUCGUGACAGCAAUUCACACGGAUUGCAAUCCUUUUAUCAGCGGCGGCCUCGGCAUUACGCAACCGGUAGCGCACAUUGAUUUCUAUCCAAACGGUGGCCGCAAUCAGCCCGGCUGUAACAAAGGUGUACUCAAUUCCAUCACCUUGGAACGCGGUAGUUUAUUUCGAGGCAUUAAAAGAUUUUUAGGAUGCAAUCACAUCCGCAGUUACGAGUACUUUAUCGAAAGUAUAAACAGUCUCUGUCCGUUCUUAUCUGUACCGUGUAAUUCUUGGGACAAAUUCCAGGAGGGUCGCUGUUUCGACUGCGUAAACCAAUAUUGUCCAAGAUUUGGACUGGACGCCCAGCCCGGAAAUUAUCAUGCGGGCGUAUAUCUCAUGACUGGACAUGACAGACCGUUUUGUAAGGGUCACUACAAGAUGACGAUAAAUAUCUCGAAAACGGACGAGAGCGUGUCGUACGGCGGAGAAGUCGGGAUGUUUAUGGUUAGCGUGAUCGGGACGAAGGGUAAGAAGACCGAGAAGAUGCAGCUGAGCUCGGGCUCGAAGUACUACGAGCCCGGGAGUACGCACACGAUCGUCCUGCCCGGGGACCUCGUGGGCAAACCGAAAUCGGUCGAGAUCACCUGGGACUUUCAGACCUCGGUCUUCAAUCCGCUCACAUGGAGACUGCUUCACGUACCGCGGGCCUACGUCGACUCGUUGACCAUCAAAAGUCUGGAGAUCGAUCACGAAAUCACGCUGUGCCUAGAUGAUACAAAAACGCUGAUCGCGAAUCAGCCGAAGAUCAUGACCGCGGAAAACUGCCGCUCGGAACACAACGCAAUCUCCACGUAAAGGACCCAAUCCCCACAUCUGUGUGCCUUGCCUUUUAAUCAAGGAUUAGAGCUCGCUCUGCUUGAAACCGGUACAAUUUUCUAUCUCGAGCAUACAGAUUUCGACGCUACAGAACGAAAGUGAUCUCUAUAUUUAUCCGCGAAAAAUGUAUUUUGCCUUGUCCGUGACAAGAAAGUUCAAAUCACCGAAAUUAUUGUAAUAAUUUUGGAAUCGAAUCGCGACGCGACGCAACGAAAAUCCAUGACAAAGGCUGAUCACCUGCUCGUUACCGCGAUAUAAUAAUCAUCCCGUCAUCUGUCACUCGCGCGAAGGAAUUUUUGAAAGUUCUAAAGUCGCUUGUCCGCUUUUGCAAAAAUUAUAGAGUAAAAAAGAGGAAAAAAACUAUCUCCUUUCCACAUUCUACGCGAUGUUUCAAUCGCAUCGCGACCGAAAGCUCGAUUGUACAAAGCGGAAUUGUGGAAAUAAUAAUAAUCAUCGUAAUUUGGACUACGCCUACGCUUUUUACGGAGAGACUUUUUACUUUCAUACGAAUGACAGCUAAUCUCCGGAAACUCCGGAAACUUCCGAUUCGAUCCAAGUUGUUCAUUUUGCGACUGUCAUAGGUGAACAGCCGAUCGCCGAGCGAGGCGAACGAGCGCGAAUCACGCAUAAUAGCGCCGGUUUCCCUCGCAACCAAUGGCAAAGUCACGAUCCUUUCACUAUCAUUAUGUGCCUGAGGUCUCUUUCUCCCUCUCUCUGCCUCUUUCUCUUUUUCUCCGACAUUUGCUUUCGUGCGCUUCGACGCUGUCAUCGUCGUCGCACCAGUAAAUUAUCACUGACCCCGUAAUUUAUGUUGAUAAGUGCAUUCAAUUCCACUUUGUUCGGCCGUGAGGGACUCAUCUAAUAACAAUAAUGGCGUAACUAAUGACACUUUGAUGACGCGAUAAACAUUCCGAUGAACAGAGGAAAGGGAAAGGAAUUAUAAACUUUCGAGUGUAAAAAGAAACGAAGUGCAUCGUCGCGAAUUCAACGACGAAUAAUAUAUUAUGCAACGAGUGUUUGUUUGUUCCGUUACAAUGAGCCGUUAUAAAAUUCUGGUAAUUUCGCAACUUCACUUGCCGCACAAUGAAUUACGAAAGAGGCAGAAGUGCAAUUUUUGUGUCCCAAACAAACGAGUCACGAAGUGUCUCGCUAAUCAGCUGAUUCGAUCCCUUCGAGUUCCUUGGACUUGGAUUUAACUUUACAGAGGAAGAAGGACAGAGAGAAAUAUUUCAUAAUCGAUAAAUUUAACACAGCGUUUUCCCCGUGAUGUAAGAUCCGAGGAUUUCUAGUUAAGCUCAAUGAGCUAAGUUCGAAAGUUUUUAAUACGAUAUAAGAAUUAUUUAAUUUCUAACCAGCGUAUAUAUUUAUAUACAAAUAAUCCAUUACUCGAUAUAUAUCUAAGAAAUAAGCGAUUCAAUUAAGAGAGUUGUUUUUAUAAUCGCGAAUGUACAUACAUACAAAUACAAUUCUUUAACACUUA